AUGGAUAAGCCCAUGACCAAUUGGGACGAAAAGCGAAGUCACUGGAUCCAAAACAACCCUAAUUUCGCGUCCCAAAACCGGGUUAUGCUCAUAACCGGUUCCCAACCCGGCCCGUGCAAAAACCCCAACGGAGACCACUUUCUUCUUCGCUUUUUCAAGAACAAAGUCGAUUACUGCAGAAUUCACGGGUGGGAGAUCUUCUACAACAACGCCUUCCUGGACCCGGCCAUGAAAUCCGUUUGGGCCAAGGUCCCCAUAAUCCGGGCCGCAAUGUUGGCCCGUCCGGAUGUGGAGUGGCUGUUUUGGGUCGAUUCGGACGCCAUUUUUACGGAUAUGGAUUUCGAGAUUCCGUUCGACAAGUACAAGGAUCACAAUCUGGUGAUCCAUGGCUGGCCCGAUAUGAUCUACAAGGAGAAGAGCUGGGUCUCGGUCAACACAGGGGCCGUCCUGAUACGAAACUGUCAAUGGGCCAUGGAUUUUCUUGACGUUUGGGCCGGAAUGAGCCCAAGAAGCCCAAAUUACGCGGAAUGGGGACGGAUCCUAAGCUCGACCCUAACGGACAAAAAGUCCCCGCGGCCAGACGAGCAGUCGGCCUUCGUUUAUCUGCUUCUGAAAGGGGAUAAAAAAUGGACGGACAGGAUUUACGUGGAGAACGAGUACUCGCUCCACGGUUACUGGCUGGGGAUAGUCGGGAAAUUCGAGAGGAUAGCCGUGAAGUACUCGGAGAUCGAGAGGCGCGUGAAGGGGCUGAGGCGGCGGCACGCGGAGGUGGACGGCGGUGGCCGCCGGGCGGAGAUGUGGCGGCACGCGGCUGGGGGAGGGGAGGGACCAGAAGGGUGGCGGCGGCCGUUUGUGACGCACUUCACGGGGUGCCAGCCGUGCAGUGGGGACCACAGCCCGGAUUAUAAGGGGGACUCGUGCUGGGUGGGGAUGGAAAGGGCACUCAAUUUCGCGGAUAAUCAGGUGCUCAGGAAUUACGGAUUUAUGCGGCCGGAUUUAGGGAAUGGGUCCCGCCUGAGGCCGGUGCCGUUCGAUUAUCCGGUGAAGAUUUGA